AUGAGAGUCAACGCUAACCAGUCUUUGUCAUACUCACAGCGUCGCCUCACUAGUGUCAUAGUGCGCUCAGCGCCCUCACUGUCGAUUGCACAGACGGUCAAGUUACCGCCAGACUUCACCACCCCUGUGUCCACGUUGGCAUGGGCACCCUCAUCUUCCCGCAUCCUUGUUGCAAACGCCGACCAGAUUCAUGUCUUCUCGAUAGUUGACUCGUCAUUUCGUGCCGCGAUCAGGAACCCUGCAACAGGCGGAGGAAAGCAGACCCUUGUACAGUUUGGUGCAUAUGAUGACGAGGUCUAUGCCUGUGCUGCAUUCGGCCUCAAACUUUCUAUUUUCGACCUGUGUGCUUCCAAAGCCAUUGAGAUUAACAACCCCAAGUUUUAUCUCCCCACGUCUGCACCAAGAGGGUAUUCCUUGCGACCCCAGAGUUCCCACCUGGCCAUCUUGACACGCACAAGUGGCCGUGAUGCUGUGAGUAUCCACGAGCCCAGGACGAGACGGGUACUACGAUCUUGGUUCCCAGAAACAGUAGAUGCUCACGGCUUGGCGUGGACCCCUGAUGGAAAGUGGCUCCUUCUGUGGGAAGCCUCGGCGCAUGGCCACAAGCUCCUGCUGUACACACCUGACGGGCAAUUCUUCCGCUCCGUUGGCGCAUCUACCAUUGCUCAAGGCCAGGACGCCGAUCUUGAGGCUGGAAUUAAGUGCUGCAGUCUCAGCCAUGAUGCAUCAUUCUGUGCUAUUGGCGAUGGCAGCAGGACAGUGAGCGCUCUUCACACAAGAACGUGGAGAGAUGGGUUGAAAUUUACGCAUCCCACCACAGUUGUCCCGAAGGAUACACUCCAGGUCUGGCAAGAACAGCUUAACAGCUCAUCUCAAGGAGGUACCUCUUACACAUUUCUCCGUGCAAAUCAGAUGGUCUCGCCCCCUAGUCGAUUGGUAGAUGGCAAGCCUCCACCCGAGGUAAAGACAGGAUGUUCCUCAUUGGCCUUUGACGCAUCUUCGACUCUGCUGGUGACCAGGCUCGACGACGCACCCACUACCUUGUGGAUAUGGGAUGUCACCGCAGCUGAACUCCGCGCGGUGCUAAUGUUCCACUCGGUUGUUGAGUAUCAAUGGCAUCCAACAGCUCGCGAGCUUCUAUUAGUGACGUGCCAGGACGACAAGUACCGGGGCGUAUGUUUCAUCUGGGAUCCAUUAUCUGAAGGGCCCAAGCCAGUCUCUUUGGGCUCUCACCUUCCGAAUGGCAAACUUACUGGUAAACCACAAGCCGCCUGGAUAAAUGGCGAGCCUGAGUUUCCGGUUCUUCUACUUUCGGACGCACAAAAUGGCGUCUUGAUAUCGUGUGCAGAUGCGGCGCAAUGCCCGACGCCCUGGCACGAGGGGGCUGCCGGCGAUAGAACGUUGGGGUCGGUGCAUGACAUCGGAGACACAGUUGAUGUAUCUGCUCUGAUGCCUGAUGACACAUCGACAUUGGAUGAUACCUUCUCUUUCAAGCACAAUUGA